UUCAGCGGUGGAAGCAAAACACAGCAUUUUAUAUUUCAUGUCACAUGGCUGCUUCUAUCAUACUUCUGCGGCCGAGUGGGUCUGCACGCGGGUGUAUCUUCUGUAUGGGUUAGCAGUAGGCAAAACCUAGUGCGAGAGAAAUCUGGGAGGGGCAUGAAGGGGGAGGCCCCUUCUGUCCCAUUGAUAACAGGUUCAUUCACAGAGAGCCUUUAAAACAGACUAAUCCCUUAUGCAGUCAUUCGCUCUCUAAUAGGGCCCCUCCACCUCUUCUAGAACUCGAUCCGAGGAUGCUCCUCGCCCCGUGCUGCCUGCGCUGAGGUCCCAGGAAUCCCAGAGGAGUGGCAUGGCCAACCCGGGCGUCAGUCCUCCGAGGCCGCGGGCGUCGCUCUCGCCGUUGCCGCUGCUGUUGCUUCUGGGAGGCUGCCUCCUCUCAGCCGCCGCGAGGGACAAGGGGGCGGCUAGCAGAGAAGUAGCCCGGGCCUCCGGGCCCAGGGACGGCUCCUCCGGUCGCUUCCUGAGCCCAGAGCAGCAUGCGUGCAGCUGGCAGCUCCUGGUGCCCGCCCCGGGGACGCCGACGGGCGGAGAGCUGGCCCUGCGCUGCCAGACCCCGGGCGGGGCGAGCCUGCACUGCGCCUACCGCGGGCACCCGGAGCGCUGCGGAGCCACCGGCGCCCGGCGCGCGCACUACUGGAGACGACUGCUGGGCGCGCUGCGCAGAAGACCGCGGCCCUGCCUGGAUCCCGCGCCGCUGCCGCCGCGCUUGUGCGCCCACAAGACGGCCGGCGCCGAGCUACACCCGUCGGCGCACCCGAGCCUGCCCGCGCGUCCCAACGAGCAGCCCCAGCCGAGGGCGCGGAGCCGGGCUCGGCCGAGACAGUCGGUGCGGUCCUCGAGCUCCCAACCCGAAAAGAAGCCCUUGCUGGUGAAGUCCAACUCCGGCGGGAAGAAGGCGGGCUCAGACCGGGUCCCGGAGCCUCCUGCAGCGGCGGGACUCCAGCCCAACGUGUUGGACCAGAAUGCCGAGCUCACUGAGACCUACUGCGCCGAGAAGUGGCACUCCCUUUGCAACUUCUUUGUCAACUUCUGGAACGGCUGAGGCUGCGGGCUGGCAGGGGCACUAAGGGCAGGUGCUGCGGAGCAGAGGGCGGCGGGAGGCUCGAGGCGUCUUAGACCGGGAACAGGGAUGGAGAGUAGGCUAGUCGGGAUUCUAAAAUGGGGCAGGGGUUAGGGUGAGAAGAAUCUGAAGCAGCAGGAGAGCUUUUUGAAAGCAUCUCAAUUCUGAUUUAAGAGCAGAAGAAAUAAUGCAAAUGGAUAGAUUUAUAUUAAGUAUGCAAAAAAUUGUAGACUAGGGCAGAGAAGCUGAGAAUAGGCGGAAUGAAGUGACUAAGGAGGUGCGAAUCUCUCCUAGGAAGUGGGGAUACAAUGUAUAUUAACACAUUUUCAUUAAAUGUAACUGUAAGAGCCUGGACCAUGUUGAAUUGUUCAAAAUCUUCUUGGGUUUUAACCUUGAGAAAAUGAAUACCCACCCACCCCCCUCCUUUCUGAAUUGUUAUGAACUCUGGGUGUGACUUGGCAUCACACUUUCUAUGCAGAUAAAAGUCUUAUCGGUAAAAAAUAAACUUCAGACUGGAUUAUCAGGACAACUGCUUUUCAAUCCCUUUACUACUUUUUAACUGAAUUUUGAGCCUACUGUCCUGAAAGUUCAUUAACUACCUGAAAUCAGAAGUGAAUUUUAGAAGUUCAGUGCUCUCUAGAUCUUCAAAAACAAACAAAAAUCUCCAAGCCUUUACAUUUUGAUCACUCUUUUUUAAAUCAGCUAAAAUGUAAACAUGUAUCUCGGUCAUUUUGGCCUUCAUCUCUUCUGUAAUUAAAUUUAAAAUGGGUUUUUUUUUAAAAAUAUGUUGUAACUAUGAUUGUCUUUAAUUUUUAAAAACUGGUUGGAUUUAAACAGUUGUAAAACGAUGGAAAUUCUG